AUCUCUCUCUCUAUGUAUUUUCUGAAGUUGUUUCAAAUUGCAAUUGAUGUUUUUCUCUCUCUCCCUCUGUUUUGGGUUUUCUGGGAUAAAUCUUGUUUAUGAAUGGGCUGAAGAAUUUGAUGGGUUGGUGAGAAGUCUAGGGAUUUUCAUUGGAAUCAGAGGUUACUAGCGUGUUUGUAAGUAUAGCUUUAAUUUAUUUUGUUGGACGGGAAAUUAAUUUUCAUUGUAGUUUCGGUAUCAGGAAACUUGAGCAAAAUAUUGAGGAUUAAGGUCUUCAGAAUUAAUAAAGAGAGGAGAUUUGAAGGACAGGAAGGGAGUGCCGAGGUUUCUAUUUCUAAGGUUUAUUCGGUCUUUGUCUCUUAUUUUUGUUUUGGGGGAGGGGUGGUUUAUCACUUAGAAUCAUGUCUGUCACUGCUGGUGUUAGCGAUACCGUGAUUGCUAUUAGGGAUAAACUUAGAGGUAAGAUUGGGCAAACCAAGGUGAAAAGGUAUUGGCCUGGAAAAGCACCAGAAUGGGCAGAUGAUGCAGACGAAGAUGCAGAUAUCAGGACGACUAGGGCAGUUGCCUUGGAGCAAGCUUUCCCUAGCCAGGACGAUGAUUCUGGAAUUGUCAAAAAAGAUGACCCCAGGCUGCGUCGUUUGGCUGAGAGUAGGAUUGAUAAUCGUGAAGAAAUUAGAGCUGAUCAUCGUCGCAUUCGGCAAGCUGAGAUUGUUUCCACUAUUGAAGAGGAAAGCAAGAGGCAAGAAGGUGCAGAUGUAGAAGAGGAGGAUGAAGAUGCUUUAGAGGAAAGGAGAAGAAGAAUUAGGGAGAAAUUGCUUCAGAAGCAGCACGAGGAAGCUGCACUACUUCCGGAGGAAGAGGAGGAGGAAGCAGAGGAAGAAGAAGAGGAGUCUGAGUAUGAAACUGAUUCAGAGGAGGAAUUAAUGGGUAUGGCUAUGGUGAAGCCUGUCUUUGUUCCUAAGUCAGAACGGGACACCAUAGCUGAGCGCGAGCGACUUGAAGCAGAAGAAAGAGCUCUUGAAGAGUCGAUGAAAAGGAAGUUGGAAGAAAGAAAGGUUGAGACCAAGCAGAUUGUGGUUGAAGAGAUAAGGAAGGAUGAAGAAAUACAAAAGAACUUGGAAGUGGAGGCAAACAUUGCAGACGUGGAUACUGAUGAUGAGGUUAAUGAGGCAGAAGAGUACGAAGCUUGGAAGGCCAGAGAAAUUGCAAGAAUUAAGAGGGAUAGGGAAGACCGGGAGGCAAUGUUGAAGGAGAAGGAGGAGAUAGAGAAGGUUAGAAACAUGACAGAGGAGGAGCGGAGAGAAUGGGAGAGGAAAAAUCCUAAACCACUCCCUGUACCCAAGCAGAAAUGGAGAUUUAUGCAGAAAUAUUACCACAAAGGUGCUUUCUUCCAGUCUGAUGCAGAUGAUCGUGCGGACACUAUCUACUCUCGUGAUUUCUCUGCUCCUACUGGGGAGGAUAAGAUGGACAAGACAAUACUGCCCAAAGUCAUGCAGGUUAAGCACUUUGGGCGUAGUGGGAGGACUAAAUGGACCCAUCUUGUCAAUGAGGAUACAACUGAUUGGAACAAUCCAUGGACAUAUAAUGAUCCUCUGAGGGCAAAGUACAAUGCUAAGAUGGCUGGAAUGAAUGCGCCAAUCGCCAAACCCAAAGGAAGCAAGAAGCUGAAGGAUUGGGAGGGCCAUUGAGAAUGACUGGCUAGAUCAAUCCCUAGCACAAAUUCCAUUCAGCUAUCAUGGGGCUGUUGUUGAAGCUUUCAACUACAUAAAGCUCCAACUGAGGGAUCAUAUUUUAUAAAUUGAUUAUCCCUUUUUGACUCGUAUAUCUGCACAUACCAUUGUAAUUCAAAGUUUCUGUCAGAAUAUCUUUGGGCUUAGCGCUAGUCUCAUCUUUUACAUGUGAUUUUCCUGAACCUUCAAAAUGGCCAUUAAGGUUGGAGUUGAUCUCGAGAAUCAGCAAACUGGUAUUGAAUGGAUUUGAAGCGAGAAGCAGCAAUUUUUGAUAUGUGGGCAAAGGCAAAGCACAGGUCGGACAGCACUCGACUAUCACUGCUCCUGCUAUCCAUUGUUAAAAAGUACGGUGAGAACUGGCAUUUAUGCUUCGGUUUGGCCAUAGCUGGACAUCGAGUCAGAGUAAUCAAUCUUCUCAGCUAAGGAUGUAGACUGAGCGUGGCACAGGUGGAAUGGCACGAUGCCGCUGAGGACCUAUAGUGGUGAUUGCUGCCAAAAUUCUGGAAGUAUUAAAAUGUUUUUUCACUUAAAUGACCUUUCAUUGCAGAAAACUUGAGCAAACUAUGACCAACUUGUGUAACAUGAUUUGAACCUUCACCACUUGUAUAAGUAAAAUUAUGACCAACUUAUUUGUCAA